AUGAGUAGCAAACUCUGGCAGUAUUUCCUCCAAGAUGAUGUCCAGAGCUUCACACGGUUUUUGGCAGACACCACCAGCUCCAAUACUCAACGGAAAAGCAGUAACAAUGCGUCUGCCUUUUCGGGCCAUGGAAGCUCUGGAGCCGCGCUAGGGACAUCACCAGGCUCGUUCUUGAAAGGUUCCCGCCCAACUGCUGCUUCAUCGCUGAAGCAGCCCUCCGCCACCACGCGGAAUGCGCCUGUUAUAUUAACUCGCGCUGAUGUCAAUGUGAAAGAUCGCUAUGGCCGCACGUUAUUGCACCUAAUAGCUUCGUCGCAGAAGGAAAAUGCGAUUGAAUUUGCUUCUGCGCUGCUGGAGGUGCCUUUCGUGGAUAUAUAUGCCCAGGAUCUGGAGAGCGGGUGGACUGCGCUCCAUCGCGCGCUAUACGCUGGGAAUGUGACCAUUGCGCAGGCCCUUCUUGCGAGGGAUAUUCGCGAUGCUACUGAUUUCAGGCCGCCCGGAGGAGUCCCCCAUCCAUCGGGUGGUCUGAUCAAGAUCAAAGACCGCGAGGGAAACAGCCCCUUCGACGUCUUUGGAGCGACUAUUCUGCCUCGCGAUAUCAACAAUGCUUCGGGAUAUAAGUCUAAUUCAGAUUCAGAUGAUGCAGCGUCAACCGAGUCUUCCAUCUUGUCCGAAACAGAGAUUGAUCAUGAGACGGCCAGGCCGGCGAACGUAAAGCCUGUGGUCAAUAUACUUGGUGAUGAGGUAUUCACUUUCGGUAGCAACAAGAAUCUUAAUCUUGGGCUGGGUGAUGAGGAUGACCGCCAAUUCCCCGAGCGGAUCGGCCUCACCCGCCCAGAUCAUCUGUUAUACACUUUCAAUCGUGACCACAGAGUAGUUCGUGCUGCCCGUAGAGGGUCAGAUCCCCAUGCCGAAGAGUCUGAUAUCCAUUCUGUCAAUGAUAUUCCUACUUUGGUUCGAGCGCGUCCCAUCAUCUACCAACAAAUUGUGAUGUCAAAACUACACACCGGAAUCAUUACAGAUGACCCGGAAUCGAAUCUGUUUAUGUGCGGGUUUGGUCCAGGAGGGAGGUUGGGAACUGGUGACCAAGGUACCAGAUUCAGUUUUGUUUGCAUCGAGGGCGGCGGUCUUGCGGGGAAGAAGGUUGUUUCCCUGGCCCUUGGCCAAGACCAUUCCAUCGCCGUCUCUGAACAGGGAGAGGUGUUCAGCUGGGGAAGUAAUAAGUACGGACAGCUGGGAUACGCGCUUCCUAAAACUAGCCACAAGAACGAUGUGCCCAUCCAAACUACUCCGCGGCAAAUCUUCAACCCUUUUAAGAAAGAGGCCAUUAUCGGCGCGGCUGCUUCUGCCAUCCAUUCUGUUGUAUUUACGCCCACAGGUCUAUAUACGUUCGGUAAGAAUGAAGGUCAGUUGGGUCUCAUCGAUGCCGAUGCCCGCUCUCUCGAGACACAAACAAUUCCCCGGAGGGUUGGCGCGUCGCUGUUCAGUUCACCCAUUGUGAUGGUUUCAGCAAUCGAUAGAGCCACGACCUGCUUGCUCGAAAACCACGAAGUUUGGGUCUUCACCCAUUACGGUUACUCUAAAAUUGUCUUCCCCCUUGAUGGCGCGUCGAGCUUCAUUCGAAACAGCUUCAUGUCGACGAGAUACGGCUUAUCCACCAAUCACAUAUCUAAAAUCACAUCUGGCGGCAAUACUAUAUGCGCGAUGUCGACAUUCGGCGAAGUCUAUACAGUUCAUGUUAGCCGCAAGGCGGAUACUAGUUCUACAGCAUCGUCCACCACCAACCCAGCCAAGAUCCGAAAUUCGUUGCCGCAGCCGUCUUGCGUGUGGUCUAUCAAAAAAUCCCACAUGGCUGUCCGAGACGUUGACGUUGGUCAAGAUGGAUCCAUCAUUUUAUGCACCGAGUCUGGCUCUGCGUGGAGAAAGGAAAAGCGCGCCAAGAUCAAGGAGGCUGACGGCAAAACCACAGAAACUUCUCGUUUGAAAGACUACAAAUUCGUUCGGGUUCCAGGCCUUUCCCGCGUCGUGGCUGUUAGGAGUAAUGCGUUCGGGGCAUACGCGGUUUCUCAGCGCAGUUGCGACGUGGCUAAAGAGCAAAUAAUGAUUGGUCGACCCUCUAUAUGGGAUGAUUUCUGGCCCCUCUUAGCAUUUAAAAGCAUAUUGAGGGCUAGGGACUCUGGUGAUACCUUGGUGAUGUCCGUGGAUGUCGUUAUAAGGAACACGCUUAUCGAGCCUUGCAGCCUUGAGUCGGAAAUCAAGUUAACAUUGGAUGAUGCUGCUUGCUCCGAUUCCUUUCGACCAAUUGUUUGGGUGUCGACAACUGCCUCUGAUGUUCGAAUUCCGGCACACGAGUUCAUUCUGGCUGGCCGAAGCUCGGUUUUGAGAAGGGCUUUGUCUGAAUUCCGUAAGUCGUAUUAUCAUUCCGUUCCGGACACCUUCGACGUCGAGUACGAUAAGAGCGGCCAGGUUUCAAUCAAGUUUCACGACGUCGACUUCCUGUCCAUAUUCAACCUGGUGCUGUAUAUGUAUGCAGACAAGGUCUAUGAUGUGUGGACGCUAGUGCGCCACUCAACCAAACAUGCGGCGCAGUACAAACGGGUUCGAAUCGAAGUCUUGAAGCUAGCAACGGCACUUGAACUUCGUGAGCUUGAGCGUGCUGCGAGAUUCAUGAUUUUGCCUAGGAAAAGUUUACAUAUAAAUAUGGAGCGGGCGUAUGAGGAUCCCAACCUCUUUGGAUGUAGUGACGUGGUGAUUGAACUUGAUGGCGGCAAUGCAAGCGCCCACAGGCAGAUUUUAUGCGCUCGCUGUCCGUUUUUUAAUGGGUUGUUUUACGGGAGAUCCGGCGGUGUUUGGUUGGCCGGAAGACGUGAUGGUGUUUCCGAUUCUGGUGUUGAUCCUGUUCGUGUCGAUUUGAAACAUAUCCGUCUUGGCAUCUUCAAAUUCGCCUUGCGUCAUAUAUAUGCGGAUACGGAUGAUGAGCUUUUUGAAGACGUUAAAUUUGACGAGCUGGAUGAUUUGAUUGACCUGGUAAUUGAUGUUAUGGCUGUUGCAAAUGAGUUGAUGCUGGAUAGGCUUGCACAGAUAUGCCAGAAGCUGCUGGGCCGGUUUGUUGCACCGUGUUCGGUGACCGCGUUCAAACAGGCCGCGCUAGAGUACAUCUGCUUAAAUCUUGAAGCUAUGCUGGAAAACAGGCUGCUUGAUGACCUAGACGAUGAUCUAUUCUGCGAACUCGACGCUGUCUGUCGCGCAAACCAAUUAACAUGCCAACCAGUUUCUCGGGGUCGGAAUUCGGAAGACUACGUCGCGGCAAAAUACCCAGAAGUAAUUCCUCUCCUUGAACAGGAUAAGCAACGCCGGAUAGAUUCAAUGAGGCUUCGUUCGCGUCUGCACGAAGAUGAGUUGCGGGAGAGUAAAUUCCGCACCGGCACCAGUGAUAAGGGCGGUGUCAUCCCACCUCUUUCCGUCAAAAUUCGGCAGUCUGAACCUGUUCUCAGGGAGGCGGAGUCGAUCGAGGAAGCGAGUCCAGCGCUGAAGUCAAAGCAGUCAACGGGAGACUUGAUUUUCCAUAUGGAUGAUGAUCACCUCCUGCCCUUCAACCAACAUGAAGUCAGUAUCCAGCCAUCUCGGAAACAAAUUGAUUCAAUGGAUGUCGAGAGACGACCGUUGCAGAUGGAAGAAAAAAUUCAAGAUACCGGAGCCAAAAUGUCAGCAGCGUCCACGGACCCUGAUAGCUCGUCUACUACGCUUCUGGCAAAAUCUCACGAACGAGGGCCUGCUGGUGCUCCAUGGAGUUCUGUUGGACCUUCAAAUACUAAAACAGGCUUGAAGGAUAUCAUGGCAGAAACUUUAGGAUCUCAUCCAUCGGGCGCGGGCAUAAAUAUAUCGCCUCGACGAGAUGCACCCGUAACAAGCAAACUCAUCCCACCAAAGCUCUCGCAGAAAGAGCGUAAAAAGCUCCAGCAACAGCAUGCCCGUGAGGUAUUUGAACAACGAGAGACAUCCAAAUCAAAACCCUCGCCACCUUGGCAAACCGUCGCUAGCAGAUCAUCUCCGGCACCUGCAUCGACGCCGGCAGAAUCCCAGCCAACGAUGAAUGUCUCGACGCCGGCUCGCACGCCCUCAAAGCCGCCAAUGACACUGCGGCAAACCGUCGCUGGUGUACCUUCGCCGCAAAGCAGUACGCCCAAUCCGGCUCCACAGAAGCAGCAACAUGCACAGGAAACCCGAUUACCGCCUUCCACACCAAAAGGGUCACCCCUACCUACCUUGAAGGCUGAGUCAUUACCACGACAACCCUCCUCGUCUGCCACUCCUCCAUUGACGACGCCAAACCAGACGGCCUCACGAUCUCAGCCCUACGCCAUCACUACCCGCAAUAGAGAUGACCAUCAUCGCUAUCAACAGCAAUUCAACUACUCCAGCCCUUCACCUUCCUCCAGCUCAUUUUCCCUAGCCUACAUCCUCGAACAGCAGCAGAUCGAGAAAGACGUGAUCCGGGAGGCGGCUACCGCCAAGCAUAAGUUGCAGGAUAUCCAGCUCGAGCAAGAGUUUCAGGAAUGGUGGGAUCAGGAGAGCAGGAGGGUGAGGGAGGAAGUUGAGAAGGCAGAGGCUGCGGCGGCGAGAAGACAUGUGGCUGUGGGUUCGGGAUCGGGGAGGGGAAAAGGGAAGAGAGGUAGGGGUGGAGGGGGCGAUGCUAGUGGUGGAGGAAGAGGUGGAUCUGCGCGUGGGCCAGCGACAGGCAGUGCCCAAGCCCGUUCUGAUCGGGGACGAAGGGGUGGUGGUGCCAUGGGAAAUAUCUCCAACACUAUCGCGGCGACGUCGAACGAUGAAGAAAGCCCUGCCUGUCAGCUGCAAGUGCAGAGCGCUGCUGCGGAUGGAAAUGGACGGAGGGUUGUUUCUGAUCGAGGAAGGGGAGGUGUUCGUGGACAGAGUCAUAACCUUGGCCAUUCUCGAGGGAGAGGCGGUGGAGGGGGUGGCAGUAGAAUUGGACCUCGUGGCAAGGGGAAGGAGAGAGCAGUAUCGAUGUCGUGA